UGUUGACAGCAUAAUCUUGUAGCGACCCUGUACAGUUCACCCUGUCUCCGACUCGUAAGUGGAACACUACAAUAAAUUGCGUUUUUUAAAUUAAUGUCCCUGCCCCCCGGUCCGCUCGCGUGAAGUGUCUUCGCUGUGCGUGGUUGUCUUCCUGUUGCACGCGGAGCUGCGUGUUUGUAGCAGUUAGCUCUGCAGCUGAAAUGCUAAAACAUGGAACCCAUUAUUCCCCUUAAGGCUGUCAGCAGGAGGGCUGUCAUGUAGACAUUUGUGGGUUGUCUCGUCACACACCACACUAUGCUGGGCUGCUUGCUGCGAAGAGGCUGCGGUCCUCUGGUUCUCCUGUGGGCCCUGAUGCUGCCUCUGGUCUCCCUCCAUCGCUUGAACCAACAUGGGCGCGAGAGCCACGGCGCGAGGGACCGGUCCAAGCUGCUGCUCGUGUCCUUUGACGGCUUCCGCUGGGACUACAUCAACCGAGUCCCAACGCCCAACUUCCACAACCUCAUUGACAACGGCGUGAUGGUGGAGCACGUGGAGAACGUUUACAUCACCAAAACCUUCCCCAACCACUACAGCUUGGUGACAGGGCUGUACGCUGAGACGCACGGCAUCGUGGCCAACGAGAUGUACGACCCCGCUCUGAACCGGUCCUUCUCCAUGGAGACGGACAGUAUAUAUGAGUCCCGGUGGUGGGAGGAGGCGGUGCCUCUCUGGGUGACCAUCCAGAAAGCUGGAGGGCGGAGCGGAGCGGCGAUGUGGCCGGGGUCCGACGUGAAGAUCCACGGCGUGUUCCCCAACCGGUACCUCCCGUAUAAUGCCUCGGUCUCCUUUGAAACCAGAGUGGAGCGGAUCAUUGAGUGGUUCUCCGCACCCAAAGAGGAAGCGGUGGACUUCGGAGUUCUGUACUGGGAGGAGCCGGACGAGAGCGGGCACAGCCUGGGACCUGAGAGUUCCCUCAUGGACCCCGUCAUCGCCGAUAUCGACGAGAAGCUCGGCUUCCUCAUCAACGAGCUGAAGAAGGCGGGGCUGUACCAGAGCGUGAACCUGAUAGUGACCAGCGACCACGGCAUGGCCCAGCUUUCCCCCGACAAGAUCAUAGAACUGGACGAGUAUGUGAGCAGAGACCUGUACACCUGGGUGGACAAGAGUCCGGUGGUGGCAUUACUGCCCAAAGAAGGGAAGUUUGACAAGGUGUACAGCAAGCUGGUGGACGCGAACCCGAACAUGGUGGUGUACAAGAAGGAAGACCUUCCCGAGCGCUUCCAUUACCAACACAACAUCAGGAUCAUGCCCAUCCUCAUAGAGUCCAAGGAAGGCUGGACCAUCAUGCAGAACAGGACCGGGCCCUUCAUGCUUGGGAACCAUGGGUACGACAAUACCUUACGCAGCAUGCAGCCUGUGUUUGUGGCCCACGGGCCGGCCUUUCGGCAGAAUUACCUGAAGACCUCCAUGCGCUCCGUCGACCUUUACCCUCUCAUGUGCCACAUCCUGUCCAUCCACCCUCUGCCGAACAACGGCUCCCUCCUAAACGUACAGGACCUGCUGUCCCAGGAGGCGGCCCCGUUCGCACUCAGCGCCCCUCCCAGGGUCAACGUCCACUCCUACGCCCCCGUUGUGGGCUCUUUCCUCGGUGUGGUGAUGGUGCUGGGCUUUCUGGUGAUCUACAUAAAACAAGUGAUGCUCAAACAGCUGCCCCCGCUGAAACACGGGAGCAGGGAGAUGUCUCAGCCCCUGCUGCUGAAGGACAUGCACCUGUAGGUGAAGAAAGGGAAAUGCUGGCAGACGUAAAAGAAGAGGUGUCGCUCCCCAAGGUAGUUCGCUCUGUCCAGAAGCAUCCCCCCCCACCCCCCAAGAUGUGCAUCUGGCUGGCUUGAGUGUAAGGGAAAUGUAUGGGGUUUGCUUCUGGUGUAGGGUUAAUCAACAUACAUAAACCUUUACAUGGGUUUUAUAGUGGCUUUGCUUUGAUUGUGAAUUUCACCCUAUAUCAUCUCCUCAUUGUCACUUUAUAAGUAAAACUUUAAAGUUAAAAGUAGGAUUUUUGCCUGUGAUUAUAGAAAACACGAACCCUUGUUGGCCAAAAUUGAGGCGUCAGUAUGCUCUAAACAAACCUGUUAGUCUGAAAGGUGAAAGGUGUAACGGACCAUUGUCGAUCCGGGACCCGUACGCAUCCCCCCUCACAUGCGGAUUAAUUAGUUAUUAUUACAUUCAAAUAUUCAGUAAAAUAUGCGAUCAGGACAUCGGCAUUUAUGCUUUUCUAGUCUCCGAUCUCUGAUAAUAUUGUUGUUAACAUCUAACCCAUGUUUAAAUUGACAGGAGGAGAGCUAGUAACGUUAGCAGCACUGCUAACGGCCAACGAACGGAGGUUACGUUCGGUUACUCUGUUUAGUGAAACGUGAGUUUUCAAACGGGAAACACAGAACGGGCCUUUCAGAUUUGUUUUGCCACCAAUUGUUCUACUUGUGGUCCGAGCACUGAAUUAGAAGUUGCUUUAAAUUAUAAAUGCUGUGAUUAAUCAGAGAAGUAAUCAAAUGAAUUUAGUGUCGACUGGGGUGUUAUUUUUGAAUGUUACAUGAAUGCAGAUGUUCCACUAGAGACUCACUCCGUGUGCCAGGCUUCUGCUCAUGUAGGUAAUCCCAUCACAACCUUGCUCUUUAGUAGAGAGUUGCCAUUUGCCUUUUAACUUAACGGAGAACAUUUCUCUAAGGUGUGCAAUUGUUUGUGUCAAGUCUGUUUUUUUGUUUUUUUUUUGUAGAAUUUGUGUUUGGAGGACAUUUUCCUGAAUAGAUGGCAGUGUUCAUAUGUCAUAACCGUGGCCAUGUGUUGGUGAAAUGUGAAGUGCAAUUGCUAUUGGGUCAGUAUUUCGUCAUAGGGAUUAUAAGGGUUUUGUUGUUGCUUUGUUAAGAAGACUAUUUCGGCAUGACGUGCAAGAACUGUUCCCCUGAUUUGCACUACGGGAUAGAAAUGAAACAGAAGGAAGGGGUAGUAGCUGGAUGCUUUUUAGGUCAUGGUUAAUUUGCACUUCUUGUUGGUAGUCGCUAUUUCAAAUGGUGUAAAAAAAAAAAAGAGGUGUGUCUUGCCAAAAAGCUUUUUUAAAUUAGUAUAAUUAUAGAAAGUCAAGUAGAAUCCAAAUCUGCAAAUAAAAUUCUAAUAUUUUCAGAAUCUUUUUUCAGAAACGAUUGGUUUUUCUCCUUGUGCUUUUAGAUGCAUUGACCUGUGCCCCCCAAACGAUUACAGACAUCACUGUGAUAUAGACUUUUUACAAAAUUUAACUAAUUGAAAGCAUUUAUAUGGAAAUUGUUAAUUUUAUGAUAAUUUUCUUGUUUUAUGAAAGAGACGUGUCUGAUAAUUUCCCCUGACUUGUUGACAGAGAAAUGAAAUAUAUCCAGAAUAUAUUCAAACAAUUCAUUUGAAAUUGUUAGAAAAGAACAAAUUGUUACAUCAGGUUAAUCUUAGUUGAUUAUUAACCUGGUUUUAAAAUUAAAUAUGAUUUACAAAUGAACUAUCUUUGCCAUGUUGAUGCAAUUAAAGACUUAUGUGAAACUGA